UCCUCAACCUGAACACCCAUCGUUUAUAAUCGCUUCGUCUACAUCCAUAAGUAGCUUUUUUGGCAUAUAUCUUCUCAGGCACGAGGGCACGCUAGUUUAGCAGGACUUUGCACACAUCGCCCUCUCUUCCCAGGGGAUUUUGCAUAGAUAAUUUUGCUUCCGGAUUUUUUUUUAAUUCUCAUAAUGUUCUCUUCACUUCCUUGUGCUUAGCGAAUAGAGGAACUGACCACAUUGAAACUAGACUGAUCAUAGAGAGAUUUUUCCUCAAUACUGUAUUAUUGAUUUAUUUCUAUCAUGAGAAUUCGUUUGAUUGCAGCAGGUGGUUAUCGAAGCGGUCAUUGAAAUUCCUCUCCAAACUUGGUGUGUGGCCGGACGCAGAGAUGGCGGGUCGUGCUCAUCAGGGAGACCUGACCGAGUACAAGAAGAGCCUCAUCAAGCGGGACUUGGAGAUGGGGAUAGUGAUGACGGUGUACAGGCAGAGGAUUGAGAGACUCACGGUGCAGGUCAUUAUGGAGACGCGGCAGGUGGCCUGGUCACGCACCGCCAACAAGACUGAAGGAGUGUUGGACAUUUUUGAAAUCCGGGAAGUACGACCAGGAAAAAACUCCAAAGAAUUUGAUCGCUUCAAGGACCACAAAGAUAGAAAUACAGACCCAAACACAUGCUUUACCAUAUUCUACGGCUCUCAGUUUGUUCUCAACACUCUCAGUCUGGGAGCUGAUUCGGUGGAAGAUGCAGAAAAAUGGCUGACAGGAUUGGAGUUACUCAGAGAUGAGACACUGGCAGCUCACACACCAGAGAUUAUAGAGAGUUGGCUGAGGAAACAGAUGUAUUCAGUUGAUCAGACGAAGAAAAACAGCAUCACCAUGAAAGAGCUGAAGUCCCUUUUGCCACAGAUGAACUUUAAAGUACCUUGUGGACGCUUUUUGAAGGACAAAUUUGCGGCAUUGGGAGCAAAGAAGGAGGUCCUGGAUUUUGAGCAAUUUCACAAAUUUUACAAUUCUUUGAUAUUUGAGAACCAAAAGUCGAUUUUAGAUGAGUUUAAAAAGGAGACGUGUGCUUUCAUCCUGGGUAAUGGUGAUCAGCCUAUUCAACUCAGUGAUUUCCAAAGGUUCCUUUUAUAUCAGCAAAGAGAGACUUGGGCUAACAAUCUGAAUCAAGUCCGAGAGUUAAUGACCAUCUUCAUCGACGACACCAUGAGGGAAACCAAUGAUCCUGCAUUUAUCCUUGAAGAGUUCCUCAGUUUUCUCUUCUCCAAAGAAAACCAAAUUUGGGAUGACAAGUUUUCCGAGAUUUGCCCACUGGACAUGAACAAUCCUCUGUCUCACUACUGGAUCAACUCGUCUCACAACACAUAUUUAACUGGAGAUCAGCUGCGUAGUGAGUCUUCAACAGAAGCGUAUGUGCGCUGUCUGAGGCUGGGCUGUCGCUGUGUUGAAUUGGACUGCUGGAAUGGUCCAGAGGAACCUAUUAUAUAUCACGGCUGGACCAGAACCUCCAAGAUAAAGUUUAAAGAUGUGGUGAAGGCCAUCAAUGAUCACGCUUUCGCAACAUCUGAGUAUCCUGUGGUGCUGUCCAUAGAAGAACACUGUGACGUCAAGCAACAGAAAAUGAUGGCUCAGGUGUUCAAAGAUGUUUUCCAGGACAAAAUCCUGAUGGAACCUCUGGAACCAGAAGCAGAACAACUGCCAUCACCAACCCAGCUCAAGGGCAAGAUCAUCAUUAAGCACAAAAAACUGAACAUCGAUCAGACCUUUGGCAGAAAGGACCUUCGAAAAGGAGAUAAGCAAGGAGAGCUCUUCAUCUGGGAUCCAAUAGAUGAGAGGUGGUACAGGCACUACUGUGUGAUUGAGAAUAAAACGCUCUAUUAUGCGGAGGAGAAUGAUGAAGAGGAAGAAAAGUCGGUCCAGUCUUGCACGGAGCUUCAUCAGUCUGAGCCGUGGUUUCAUGGCCGGAUGUCCGAGGGCCGAAUGACUGCAGAAAGACUGCUGCAGGAAUACUGUGCUGAAUCGGGUGGAGUUGAUGGAACAUUUCUGGUUCGGGAGAGUGACACCUUCGUAAAUGAUUGCACACUUUCAUUCUGGCGCAGUGGACGAGUUCAGCAUUGUCGAAUCCGUUCCUGCUUGGAAGGAGGACACACAGUUUAUUUCCUGACAGAAAACCUGCACUUCCCCAGCGUGUAUGCUCUCAUCUAUUAUUACAGAGACAACCUGCUCCGCUGUCAGGAUUUCAACCUGCGCCUCACUGAAUAUGUGCCUAAACCAGACACGCACCAGUUGGAAGGGUGGUUUUACAGUAACUUGAGUCGGGGUGAGGCGGAGGACUAUCUAAUGCGGAUCCCUCGAGACGGAGCCUUCCUCAUCAGACAGAGAGAGGAUUCAGACUCGUAUGCCAUCACAUUCAGAGGCGAAGGCUUGGUGAAGCACUGCCGGAUACACAAAGACGGCUCUAUGUACAUUCUGGGCACUUCUAGUGAGUUUGACAGCCUGGUGGAACUAGUGGACUAUUUCCGAAAGAAGCCGCUGUAUCGAAAAACAAAACUGCGCUAUCCUGUUACACCAGAACUAGUAGAGCGCUUCAGUUCGAUAAACAAAACAGGUUCGCUGUAUGACUCUAAGCAGUAUGUUGAGGCUAACGAGAUCGAGCCGUCUCUGCCCCAGAACACAGUGAAGGCUCUUUAUGACUACAGGGCAAUGCGUCCUGAUGAGCUCACCUUUUCAAAAGGUGUUUUGAUCCAUAAUGUGACCAGGGACACAAAUGGAUGGUGGAAAGGAGACUAUGGUGGAAAACUCCAGCACUAUUUCCCUUCAAAUUACGUAGAAGAAGUCCAAUCUGAUGCCAAUUACCAGCCCGAAGAGGAAAAUCCAUUAGGUGAAUUGUGUAAAGGCACAGUGGACAUCUCAAAGUGCACUGUUGUUCGCUCUGCCAAACAUGGCAAACAAGUGGUGGUAACUCUGCAGUAUAAGGAGGAUAAAGAGAACAUGAUGCCAUUUGAUUUGGCCACCGAGACCACUGAAGAGCUGUACGAGUGGUAUCAGGUGGCCUGGGACAUUACGCAGAGAGAGGAAAACCUAGUGUUUGAGAAAGAAAAAACGAAGGAAGUGGAGACCAGAGAUGAAGUGGCCAGUGAGAUGUCAGAACUGGUUGUUUACUGCCAGCCACGCAGCAAAGAAAAGGACGGCUUUGAUAAUUAUACCUACAAAGAAGUCCGCUCCUUCGUAGAGAAUAAGACGCCCUCCAGAAACAAGCUGACUCAGUUCAUGUUGUAUAACCGCAAGGCUUUGAGCCGCAUCUAUCCUAAAGGCCAGCGGGUGGAUUCCUCCAACUAUGACCCGUAUCCGCUGUGGAUGUGUGGCUGUCACAUGGUAGCGCUCAACUUCCAGACGGCUGAUAAGUACACUCAGCUGAACAGCGCCCUCUUCAGUCUAAAUGGAAGCACAGGAUAUGUACUGCAACCUGAGCUGAUGCGCAGAGAUUCAUAUGACCCUCAACAGGAGAGGAAGAACAUCAAAUAUACUAUCGGAAUCAGAGUGAUUGGAGCACGGCAUCUUCCCAAACCAGGACGAAGUAUUGCCAGCCCCUUUGUGGAGAUUGAGCUGUGUGGUCAAACAGAUGAGAGCAAAUUCAAGACUACCGUUUGCCAUGACAAUGGGCUGAACCCUAUAUGGCAGCCUUCAGAGAUGUUUGUUUUCAGCGUGUAUGAGCCGGACCUCACCUUUCUACGCUUUGUGGUCUUUGAAGAGGACAUGUUCUCUGACCCAAAUUUCCUUGCCCAGGCUACAUUCCCAGUGAAAGGUGUCCGCUCAGGCUACAGAUCGGUUCCUUUAAAGAAUGGCUUCAGUGAAAAUCUGGAGCUGGCAUCUCUACUGGUCUGUGUUGAUGUACAGCAGGUGGAGAAAGCACAGGAGGAACUUUACUCCUCCUCGAAACAGUUGCAAAAGAAGCAGGCGGAGAUGAGCAGCGAGUUCUGCCUUUACGACACUCACUCCAACCUGCGCUCCAGUGGCCCUCAACGCCGCGAAGACCUCUCGCAGUUCACUUACUCUGAAAAAAAGAUAAAUAAACCACAGCAAAAGAUAAACAACAGCAAGUUCUACUCGUGAGGGAAACGGGCGCCUCUAAGUCUAGUUCCCUCUCAAACUGCAUUGAACAUUUUUAAGGGUCUCUUCCUCUUGAUUCUGCUGCUCUAGUACUACUGGUUCCCCAACAGGCCACAAAGACAGGAAGUUGCAGUUUUUCACUUCUGUGGUCACAAAGGACCAAAUUGGAGAGAGCGUUUGAGAAAUGCUCAUCAGA